ACACCAACCACGCCCCUCUCCCUCCAUACCCCCCAGAAUUCCAUAUUCUGCUUCUCCAUAUGGCGAACAACGCUGUAUCCUCCCAGCCGCCGCUCAAGGGCCCGGACCGGAUGGCCGGCCUCGAGCACUCGGAAGCGCAUUACUUCAACAGCUACAAUCAUCAUGGUAUUCACGAAGAAAUGUUGAAAGACGAAGUGCGAACCAGAUCUUAUAGGGACUCGAUAUACCAGAACAGGCACCUGUUCAAGGACAAGGUCGUCCUCGAUGUCGGAUGCGGUACCGCCAUUCUCAGCAUGUUUGCUGUCAAAGCCGGUGCGAAGCAUGUUAUCGGCGUAGACAUGUCGACCAUAAUCGAGAAGGCCAAGGAAAUAGUUGAGCGCAACGGCAUGACCAGCAAAAUCACCUUGUUGCAGGGCAAGAUGGAGGAGGUCGAUCUUCCCUUCCCCAAGGUCGACAUCAUAAUCUCUGAGUGGAUGGGCUACUUCUUGCUGUACGAGAGCAUGUUGGACACCGUGCUUUACGCACGAGACAAGUACCUAGUCAAGGAUGGCCUGAUCUUCCCGGACAAGGCCACCAUAUUCAUGGCUGGCAUUGAGGAUGGCGAAUAUAAAGAGGAGAAGAUUGGAUUCUGGGACAACGUGUGGGGUUUCGACUACACACCACUCAAGGCGACUGCGAUGACCGAGCCCCUUGUUGACACCGUCGACAUCAAGGCCGUUGUUACAGACCCCGCUGCCAUCAUCACGCUGGAUCUCUACACCGUCCAGCCCGCGGACCUCGCCUUCAGCCUCCCCUUCUCCCUGAAUGUUCGCCGAAACGACUUCGUGCACGCCUUGAUCGCCUGGUUCGAUAUCGAGUUCUCCGCUUGCCACAAACCUAUCCGCUUCUCCACGGGCCCGCACACAAAAUACACCCACUGGAAACAGACCGUCUUUUACCUCCCCGACAUGCUCACCGUCGAGGCCGGCGAGACGAUAACAGGAGUGCUCAGCAACAAGCCCAACGAAAAGAACAAGCGUGAUCUGGACAUCAAGAUCGAGUACAAGCUGGAUGCAAACGACAUGCAUCGGCAGGCGGCAGGAGAGGGCUCGUAUAAGAUGUGCUGAGAUCUUCUCGCCUCUGUUGCCCCUUACCUUACUGAUAGCUUCUUGAUUUCUCUGCUAGCAUUAGAGAGAUGAUUUGGUUAAAAUUUGGCGUUGAACUGGGCUUGACUUUGGGUCACGGCCUGUGUGCAGGUCUACGAAGGGCAUGGAAUGAUUCGGAUUGAUACGCCAUGGCAGCAGAGCAUGCGGCAUGACGGACGAGGAGUUAUGACUGAGACCAGGUGUAAAAAUGCUCCAAGGUUGUCGAGAUUUAUGCUCUUACGGCCGUGGUGGACGAUAUCAUCCGUUAUGAGGCACAUUUGCCUGUCCUGCAAAUAGAGAAUCACAUCGUUCCGGU